CUUAUCGAUUACUAAAUUCAUGAACUGGCCACAGCCCGAGCUUUAGCUCUUUUUAUGUACCCACGUCGCGCCAAGAUAGGUCAUUCCUAGCAAUUCCCAUCGCGAACUCAAUUCAUUGAGGCUGAACAGCCACCAUCGUCGUCAUCAUCCUACGAUGCAAAGGACAUAGCCUUCUUUUAAAACGUUCUUUUUCAGUUUAUUUGUUUUCCACGAUAGUCUAAAAAUUCUCGAUGAAAUUCCUAAUUCACAUCUAGUCUACUCCGAUUCUUCCAAUUUCAAUCCCCACCAUGUCCGACCUCUACCUUUCACAUGUCAGGAACUGGAUCCUGAAGUCUCCGCCGGCGGAAUGGGUAAUUAGAAGUGGACGAGAGUUGCUCAUCGGCACUCUGAAGCAGGGACCGAUCCCCCAACAUGUUGCGUUCGAGAUGGACGGCAACAGGCGUUUCGCCAAAAAUCACAAGAUUGAAACCAUCGAAGGUCACCACCUAGGUUUUGAGGCGCUUGCAAGAGUUCUGGAAAUUUGCUAUAAGUGUGGUGUCAAGGUCGUCACUGUCUACGCGUUCAGUAUCGAGAACUUCAACCGACCCAGGCACGAAGUCAGUGGCUUGAUGGCAAUGGCUAAGGUCAAACUAGAACAACUUGUUCAGCAUGGCGAGCUUCUUGACCGUUACGGAGCCGGAGUUCGGGUGUUGGGAGAGAGGGAUCUGAUCCCGGAUGAUGUGUUACCUUUUGUCGAUCGAGCCAUUGAGAUGACAAAGCAUAACAAGGACGCUGUACUCAACAUCUGCUUCCCUUAUACUUCAAGAGCUGAGAUGACUAGUGCCAUCAAGGCUACGGUUGACGAGUACACUAAUCCGCCUCGACCCGCAAGCACCCCAUUCUCACAGUCACGGAUCACUCAGAAGAUCCGAUCUAAUAGAUCCAAGAAGUCAGGCUCGUCCUCGCCCAGAGAUUCUUCCCCGGAUGGCAACGGGAAGUCGGAUGUGGAUGAUUCAAUGUCUUCGACUACUGCUCUGGAUCCUGAAUCACCACCUCUCUCAUCCACACUAGUCAAGCCAGUCAAGUUCCAAAAUCCCGAGACCAUUACGGCCGAGACUAUUAACAGUCACACUUACACCGCAGAGUGCCCACCACUAGACAUGUUCAUACGGACCAGCGGUGUCACAAGAUUAAGUGACUUCAUGCUAUGGCAAUGUCAUGAGAACACACAGAUCUUCUUCUUGAAGUGUCUAUGGCCAGAGUUCGAUCUAUGGCACUUCAUUCCUAUCCUUCUCGAGUGGCAGUGGCGACAGAAGAAGCUCUCGGAAAAGGAGACGCCACGAAAAUGAACAACCGUACAGCACGGCUUUAUAUCAUUCCUGGAUUGGCGUUGAGGCGCAGUAUUAGACAGUACCCUCUUGGCAAUGGUGAUGCAUUUUCCUUAGGUAUUUGAAUCAACCUAGGGACUAAUACACAGCAAAUGAAUUCAUCUCUGGAGCAAAAAAGAAAUCUUUCUCAUAUAUGUGGUUAUGUGAUUAUACGAGCAUGCUGUGGCACUUAUGUAUAGCAUUAUGGCAUCAUAGCAGCUAAUGUUUGUAAGAACGUUUCGAUGGUACCUGGUAGUCGUUAGAUCUACGUACCAUUUUAUACUCCAAUACAUUCAUCCCAAGG